UCACUCCCUUCAAUUUCCCAACUUAGAAGUAGAGAAAGAAAACUCUCCUCCGGGGAGGCGCGGAUCCCAUACUUUCCAUUCCAAAACUCCUUUCCCUCACUUUUUUUUUUCUUGGUUCUUUCUUUCUCUGUAAAACAGAUGCAACAGUAAUCUCAUCCCGCGAGCGUUCACGAUUCCUAACGUACACCCCUCUGCGUGGUCGCCUUAGAUCCCAUUCUUGCCGUUACCCUUUUUAUUCAAAUCCCAAUCUUUUUCAUGUUUGCCUUAUUUGUACAGUUCUUUAUAUCUGCAUUUGAAAAAUAGCGAUCUUAGCUAACGAUGGAGAUUUCUUAUUGGGUCUCUGUUGUUUCGAUUGUUCUCCUCUUUUUGGUAUCUGGGUCCUUCUCAAUUGACAAUUUUCACCAAGCGUUUCCUAUCGUGGAGCCUGAUCCUGGUCAUACAAAGCUUCGCCUUUCGAGGGAAGGCUUGGAAGCCAUCAGCAGAAUAACUACCCCAAUUGCAGCUGUUGCUGUCAUUGGCCCCUACCGCUCUGGCAAAUCUUUUCUGUUAAAUCAACUUCUUUCGCUGUCGUGUUAUGAAGGAUUUGGUGUUGGACACAUGCGUGACACAAAAACAAAGGGGAUUUGGGUUUGGGGAACCCCGCUAGAAUUGGAUAUUGAUGGAGUAAGAACUUCUGUUUUCUACCUUGAUACUGAGGGUUUUGAAAGCAUUGGGAAGUCAAAUGUAUAUGAUGAUAGGAUUUUUGCUUUGGCAACUGUAAUGAGCUCUGUACUAAUUUAUAACCUGCCUGAGACGAUCCGUGAAGCUGACAUAUCUCGGCUGUCAUUUGCUGUUGAGCUCGCUGAAGAAUUUUAUGGAAGAGUGAAGGGGCAAGAUGUUGCGUUUGAACCUGCAAAACUUUUGUGGCUUAUCCAGCGUGAUUUUCUGCAAGGGAAAUCAGUGAAAGAAAUGGUGGACGAUGCACUUAGACAUGUCCCUAACACUAAUGGGGACAAAAAUAUUGAUCAGGUUAACCAGAUCCGGGAUUCCUUAGCUGUAAUGGGUGAUAACAGCACAGCAUUUAGCCUACCACAGCCUCAUCUCAUGCGAACAAAGCUUUGUGACCUGAAGGAUGAUGACCUUGAUCCCAUAUAUGUUAAAAAAAGAGAGCAGUUGAAAGAGCUUGUAGCUAGUGUUAUACGCCCAAAGAUUGUGCAGGGAAAGCCUUUAAAUGGAAAGGAGUUUGUUUCAUUCCUGGAGCAGAUACUUGAAGCUUUGAAUAAGGGGGAGAUCCCAUCAACAGGCUCUCUUGUAGAGGUUUUCAAUAAAGGUAUUCUUGAGCGAUGUUUGAAGCUGUACAGUGAAAGGAUGGGAAAAUUAGGUUUACCUAUGCCAGAGCAAUCCUUACGUGAUGCCCAUGAAAGGUCCCGAGAGGAAGCAAUGAAGGCUUUUGAUGAACAACAUUUUGGCCGUCACCAUGCAAAGAGAUCUGCGGAGCAACUGGAUGAAGAAGUGAAGGAGGUAUAUAAGAAUGUCAUUAUGGCGAAUGAAUACCAGUCCUCAAAGCUCUGUGAGGCACUAUAUACCCAAUGUGAGGACAGAAUGGACCAGCUUCAAGUUCUCAGACUUCCUUCUAUGGCAAAAUUUAAUGCAGGUUUCCUGCAAUGUAACCAAAGCUUUGAACGGGGGUGCAUUGGGCCUUCAAAAGCAAACUACGAGCAACGGAUGACGAAGAUGGAGUUCCAUUCAGUUUUACCGAUUAAGAGUGUUAGAGAGCAUUUCAAAAUGAAUCUGAGUUUAAUGCUUGAAUUAAUGAAGAUGAUGGGAAAAUCACGUUCUCUGUUUAUCAAGGAAUACAAUCAAAGGCUCUUCAAUUGGUUGGUGGCCUUCUCCCUUGUCAUGGUGGUGGUUGGUCGGUUUAUCAUAAAGUUCAUUUUGAUUGAAAUGGGAGCAUGGAUACUAUUUAUCUUUUUAGAGACAUAUACGAGGAUGUUCUGGUCAGCAGAGUCUCUUUACUACAAUCCUGUGUGGCAUUUUAUUGUAGCCACUUGGGAAACUCUUGUCUACAGUCCCAUUCUUGAUUUGGACAGAUGGGCCAUUCCAGUUGGUUGUAUACUAGCAUUAUGGAUACUGUAUUGGCGAUGUUAUGGGAGACAGAAACAUGGGUCGCGAUGGCUUUUACCUAUGUACAAUACUCGUAAAAGUGGCUCAAAUAGACCAAGAUCAGAUUAAUGGAGAAUUGUCUGUGCCAUUUGGUUUGGUCUCCUUCAAUCUUGAGAUUCGUCGAAGACAUCAGAAGAUGAUCAGCCAGCCACACUUACGAUAUCUUUUAGUGCACCAUUUGUACACAAAUCAUUUGUAUUAAUCAAUACAAUUAUUUACGAUAUAUAAUCUGUUGAUUUGUUUCAAAUGCCAAUUAUUUAAUGGCUUUAGCUUUCCUCUUCUAUUUGAACAGAUGACUAGAUACCUUGUCAUUUAUUUGCUUUAGCCUUAAGCAUCACCAUCAUUUAAAUGGCCCACCGAUCAGAAGGUGAAACAAAAGAUGAAAAAUUAAAAAGUUGUGUGUAAAAACUUCAGUUCC